GUUGGAAUCUCACUAAUAUAAAAAAUAUAUAAUCUUCAAUCCUUAAAAGAAAAAACUUUAGUAGAGCUUCGUUAAAGAAAACUUCUGCCUUCACCAGUUUAACUCGUGCUCAUUUUUUUUAGUAGAUAAAUCUUGGUUUCUCCUUUUAUAAUUUUGCCCUUUGUCUGAGAUUUUGUUCGUGGAAGGUAAAGCGGAAAGACGAGGCUUAUAUUAGUAACUUCACGUGCCAGCAAAGCGCCACCGUUUAACUCAGGUGUGGGUGGAGGUGCGAGUGUCUGGAGAUUUGAGAUUGAACUGAAAGUUGCAGUCUGUGUCUUUGGAAAAUUUGAGAGGCAAACAUGCAACAGGGUGGGGGAUCUGAGAUGGAGGUGACUUGGGAGGAUCAGCAAAACAUCAAUAAAUUUGGGAGAUUAAACAACCGAUUUCACGAGCUUGAGGACGAAAUUAAGAUUGCAAAGGAAACAAAUGAGAAUCUGGAGGAUGCAAGCAAUGAAUUAAUUCUCACUGAUGAGGAGGUUGUUCGUUUCCAAAUAGGAGAAGUGUUUGCUCAUGUUCCAAAGGAAGAAGUUGAGACCAGGAUAGAAGAGAUGAAAGAGGUAACCAGCAAAAACUUAGAAAAACUAGAGGAAGAGAAGGAUUCUCUCCUAGCUCAGAUGGCUGAGUUAAAGAAGAUCUUGUAUGGGAAAUUUGGGGAUUCCAUUAACCUAGAGGAAGAUUGAUAGGGUUAGUGCUUAGUUCUUUCGUACUGAUUUGCCAUGUUCUUGUUUGAGGAUAUCUUCCCUUCAUUUUUUUUCCAGUUGAUUGAGAUAGUUUCUGCAUAUAAGCUUUUUUUUAUUGUAGACAGUAAAUUUUAAUGGAUGUUUUAUCAGUGUGGUUUCUUCUUAUAA